AUGAAGAGAAGACGCUGGCACUACUGCUGGUUGUCGUCCGCUGCUCGCUUGGAGAAAGAAAGGGGGGAGGGGAGCAGCUGCUGUCCGUUGUUAAUGCUGCCGGUCGGAGAUGCUGCCUGUCGCUGUUUAUUGCUGCUGCUGGUGGCUUCCCAUCGUGCUGUCCUGGAAAAAGUAGAAACGAAAAGGAUGAGGAAGGGGAAGACAGAAGGGGAGAUGGAGAGAGAGGAGAAGGGGCGAGGGGAGGAGAGAAAGAAGAGGUGGGGCGGAGAGGCGCCUGAAGAUUGUUGGGUGCUGCUGCUGCUAAUGCCAGUAGUCUUCCCGGUACUGCUGUUCUCGCCGGCAAAAUGGAGGGGAAGGGAAGGAGAAAAUUGUGCGACGGGAGGGAGGCAGAGAGGGAAGGGGAGAGGGGAGAAGAAAAAGAGGGAAACGAGGAGGGGAAAAGGGAAAGGGAGACGAAAGGGACAGGAGAAGAAGGAGGGUGGCGCUGGAGAGAGGAGAGGCACCUUGCUGGUCAGAGAAAGGGAGAGAGAGAGAGGGGCGACGGGAGAGGGGAGAAGAAGAGAGGGCGAGAGAGAGGUGCAGUGGCUGGUGAGGAAGGAAGAGGAAGAAGAAUUUUAG